AUGGUGAAAUUGUUGGUGCCGGAGGAAGCUUCCCUCAACCCUGAACUCUACGGUUUAAGAAGAUCCCACAGAGAGCGAAAAGGCCCCUCUAUUAUAGAAUCGGAUUCUGAUUCUGACGAAAAUCCGUCGAGGAGGAAGCGAAAGAAGGUAGUUGAUGAAUACAAUGACGACUUGGAGGAAGAUGAUGUUGAUGUUGACGAUGACGCAGAAAACUUUGACGAUGACGAUGAUGAUGAUGAUUUUGUUGCCGAAAAGAAGAAAAAACCUUCUGGUGGUUCAUCAAAAAGAAAGACUAAGAAGCAUAAAACAACGUCACAAGACUCAGCAUACAGUACACCAGAGUUGAGGUUUUCCACGAGAAAUAAUAAGCAAGUAAAUUACACGAUUGACGUUGAUGACGAUGCCGAUUUGCUAGAAAGUGAUUUUGACGAAGAUGAUGAGGAGAAUGACUAUUAUUACUAUCAACAAGCCAUUGCUCCUGAAGAUGAACGAGGUAUUGAUCUAGUUAUGGAUCACAAGUUGAAUCCUGAUAAUCCAGAGGUGACAAAUGAGCCCAAAUUGGAUUACCUCUUUAAAAUCAAAUGGACUGAUGCCUCGCAUUUGCACAAUACUUGGGAAACUUACAACGAUUUGAAAGAGUUUAAAGGUUUCAGAAAGGUUGACAAUUAUAUCAAGCAGUUUAUAAUAUACGACAACGAAGUCCGAAAUGACCCUUUGACUACCAAAGAGGACAUUGAAGCAAUGGAUAUCGAGAGAGAGCGCAGAAGGGAUGAACAAGAGGAAUAUGUGCAUGUUGAGAGAAUCGUUGAUAGUCAAAGAACCGAGAAAGAUGGUGAGAGUCGGCUUGAAUAUUUUGUAAAGUGGAGAAGAUUGUAUUACGAUGAAUGCUCGUGGGAAGACGCAGAAGAGAUAGCCAAAAUUGCACCAGAGCAAGUGAGCAAAUACCAACAACGAUUGAAUUCCAAAAUACUCCCCAAUUUUUCAGCAAACUACCCCUUAUCGCAAAGACCAAGAUUUGAAAAAUUGGUGAAACAACCAGUCUUUAUCAAAAACGGCGAGCUUCGAGACUUUCAACUAACCGGACUCAAUUGGAUGGCAUUUCUUUGGUCAAGAAAUGAAAAUGGUAUUUUGGCAGACGAGAUGGGAUUGGGUAAAACAGUUCAAACUGUUGCAUUCUUAUCAUGGUUGAUUUACGCGAGACGUCAAAAUGGGCCUCAUUUAGUUGUUGUUCCAUUGUCAACUAUACCUGCUUGGCAAGAGACGUUUGAAAAAUGGUCUCCCGAUAUUAAUUGCAUUUACUAUUUAGGUAAUGGUGAGGCGAGGAGAACCAUCCGAGACUAUGAAUGGUAUACGCCGAAUGGGAAACCAAAGUUUAAUGUUUUGUUGACCACCUAUGAGUACAUUUUGAAAGAUCGAGCAGAAUUGGGCUCUCUCAAGUGGCAGUUCUUGGCUGUGGAUGAAGCACACCGGUUAAAGAAUGCGGAUUCAUCUUUGUAUGAGUCUUUGAAAAGUUUCCGUUGUGCCAAUAGACUCUUGAUUACUGGAACUCCCCUCCAAAACAAUUUAAAGGAACUCGCAGCCUUGUGUAACUUUUUGAUGCCGGGCAAGUUUGACAUUGAGCAAGAAAUUGACUUUGAAACCCCUGAUGAGGAGCAGGAGAUGUAUAUCAAGGAUUUACAAAAGAAAAUCAAACCGUAUAUUUUAAGACGUUUGAAAAAGGAUGUUGAGACCUCAUUGCCUUCGAAAACGGAAAGGAUUUUACGUGUUGAGCUCUCAGAUAUUCAAACUGAUUAUUAUAAGAAUAUUAUCACUAAAAACUAUGCAGCUUUGAAUGCCGGGAACAAGGGGUCACAAAUCUCCUUGUUGAAUGUUAUGAGUGAAUUGAAAAAAGCAUCCAAUCAUCCUUACUUGUUUGAUGGUGCUGAAGAGCGUGUGCUUGCUCGAGCCGGAUCCCAUACUAGAGAAAACAUCUUGAAAGGAAUGAUCAUGUCUUCUGGUAAAAUGGUUUUGCUCGAACAAUUGUUGUCACGUUUAAAAAAGGAGGGCCAUCGAGUCCUCGUUUUCUCGCAAAUGGUGAGGAUGUUGGACAUUCUUGGUGAUUACAUGUCAAUCAAAGGUUAUCAAUUUCAAAGAUUGGAUGGAGGUAUCCCAUCUGCUCAAAGAAGGAUUUCAAUUGAUCAUUUUAAUGCACCCGAUUCAAAAGAUUUUGCAUUCUUAUUAUCCACUAGGGCUGGUGGACUUGGUAUCAAUUUAAUGACGGCUGAUACUGUAAUCAUAUUCGAUUCCGAUUGGAACCCACAAGCUGAUUUACAAGCCAUGGCAAGAGCGCACAGAAUUGGACAGAAAAAUCAUGUCCUGGUUUACCGAUUCGUCAGCAAGGAUACGGUUGAGGAACAAAUUUUGGAAAGAGCUAGGAAAAAGAUGAUUUUGGAGUAUGCCAUUAUUUCAUUGGGUAUAACUGACCCUAAUGCGAAAAAGAGUAGCAAAACAGAACCCUCGACGAGUGAGCUUUCGCAAAUUUUGAAGUUUGGUGCCAGUACCAUGUUUAAGGAUAAUGACAAUCAGCAGAAAUUGGAAAAUUUGAAUUUGGAUGAAGUUUUGAAUCAUGCUGAAGAUCAUGUGACGACGCCUGAAUUGGGUGAAUCAAACUUGGGUUCCGAAGAGUUUUUGAAGCAGUUUGAGGUUACUGAUUACAAGGCAGACAUUGAAUGGGAUGACAUCAUUCCUCAAGACGAGCUUACCAAGUUGAAAGACGAAGAAAAGAAAAAGGCUGACGAGGAGUACUUGCAACAACAAAUCGCCAUGUAUUCCAAAAGGAAAGCUGCAGUGCGGAAAUUUGAAAAUGGUUCAGUUGUACCUAGUGACGUGGAAGAUAGUGCAGAUGAUCUGAAACCUACAAGCAGGAGAAGGGCAACCGAUAACCAGUUAUCAGAAAAGGAAAUACGUGGAAUUUAUCGAUCGAUAUUGAAAUGGGGAGAUCUUGCUGGAAAAUGGGAUCAAUUGGUCGAAGAAGGAAGUAUCAGCAAUAAGAACCCAGUGUACAUCAAGCAUGCAUAUAAUGAGAUUGUCAAUACUGCAAAGAAGCUAGUGAAGGAAGAGGAAAUCAGAAGAACUCACGCACUUGCUGAAUUGGAGAAAAAGGCAAAAGAGCAAAAUGAAGAUCCCAACAAUGCCGAUCAAACCCAAACAGCCUUGUGGGUUGCAAAGAAGAAGGAGAAGAAAGCGGUGCUUUUUGAGUACCAAGGGGUUAAAAACAUCAAUGCCGAGCUAGUGUUGAAUAGACCAGUCGAUAUGCGAGCUCUUGGAAAGAUUAUUCCGAAUGACAAUCCAUUGGAUCUCCGGCUACCAAGACAUCCAAAGGCAGUUCAAGCGUGGUCUUGCGAAUGGACCGCAAAAGAUGAUGCCAUGUUACUUGCUGGUGUGUACAAGUUUGGGUAUGGAUCAUGGGUUCAAAUAAGAGAUGAUCCAUUGUUGGGACUUCAAAAUAAAUUAUAUUUGGAUUCAGCACCAACAACAAAGAAUGCUCCAGCUAGUGAAAAUUCCAAAAAAGUACCAGGAGCUGUCCACUUGGGUAGAAGAGUUGAUUAUCUAUUCUCUCUUUUACAUGAUGACGCUGUUAGUGCUGCUGGUGCUGCAUCGGAACCCGCUUCAGAACCAAAGAGGAAAGUGAAAAGAGCGGACAAUUCUACUGGUAAAUCAAAGAGACCAAUUAAAUCCGAAACCCCAGACACUUCUCGUCCAGGUAAAGUUAAAAAGCCAAAUUCCCAUAAUGUACAAAAUGGAUCACAUGGUGUUUCAAGAAAACAAUCUGUACAUCCAAUGGUGAUUAAGCAUGAAAAAGAGCCCAGUAUUUCCAAACCAUCGCCAGGAUCCCACCCCCACCACAAAGAGGAUUCACAUUAUGAAAGCAUGAAUGAAACUGUUCAGAAGUCAUGCAAAAGUGCAUUAUACCCCAUAUUCAAGUCCCUACAUAAGUUGCAAAAGGGAAAUAAAGGAUUAGAUAAGCAUGAAUGGGCUAAAGUGCUACGUGAUGAGCUAAUGACUGUUGGUGACCACAUUGAGUCUGAGGUGCAAAAGGUAAAGACCACUGAAGACCCCAAUGAGUUUAAAAAGAACCUUUGGUCAUAUGCUGGACGAUACUGGCCUAGUAAGGUGCCCAGUAGUAAAAUCAGUGAAAUGUAUAAAAGAUUGAAAUUGAAGACCAAGGAGUAA